AUGGGUUUAGUAAAUGAAUGUUAAUUUAAAGAUGCAGUUAUUAUUGUUGACAUUAUUGAGUGUUUUAUCACAACAAGAARUCAAUAUAAAAGUCAAAAAUGACAACUACACUAAACAACCAUCACAACGAUCACCCCAACGAUCACCCCAACAAUCAUCCCAACGAUCACCCCAACAAUCAUCCCAACAAUCACCUCAACAAUCACCCCAACAAUGUGUCUUUGAGUGCUCUCGGGUGAGGUGUGUGUCGGCAAACAGGGAGAGCUGUGAGGAACAGUUCGAUGGAGUGUUUCUCGUAUAUGCACCCCAUCUCUGCCGAUGCUGUGCCGAGUGUUUAACUAAAUUAAAGUUAGGAGACGAUUGCACCCAAUCUCUUGAGUUUCAUCCGAACCAAACCUGUGCUCUGGGAUUGCAUUGCGAUUUCAAACAAAAAAUAUGUGUUGCAAAUAAAAAAGGAAAGGGAUAGGGAUAGGAUAUAACAUUUGCAAUAAUU